CAUCACUCAGUGUUCCGUAGACAGGCGGUUUAGCAAGAACGCGUCAAAGUAAAGGACCAAGAGCUACGGCCGGUAUGUGUAUCGUCGGCUCGCCCUCGCAAUUUUCUAGUGAGGAGUUGUUGAGAUCUAGUUGAGGAGUGCGUUUUACGUCGAAGGUGAAAACAGAACAAUCUCGUGUGUGCAAUUGGUAUUGAGACAGUAUGUGUGCCCGCGUGUAGGCGCAUUCGGCCUUCAGUGUGCUAGUCGCGGCGACGACGGCAGUGGUGUCCUUCUGGUAUAUGGCGACGGGCACGAAGACUUCAUGCGGGAAGUAAUCCCUACGCCUCGGGUGUGAGGUGGCAAGGACUUAGGGGAGAGAACGAAGACGCGAGUUCCUUUCGGGUGAUUUCUCUCCGGACGACGUGACUGUGUGUUGUGUAGAUGUUAUUGUUUUUUGUUGGAACGAGUUCGUGAGUGUUUUGUGUAUUAUCGUGUGUGCAUGUCACUGUCUACACGGGCUGUCGACGACGAGGUACGACUUGCUUGCUUGCUUGUGUGUGACAUGCUCCUGACGGCAGGCUGCUGGCGAGAGCGCGCGGGUCAUCAUCAUCAAACCGGGAGCAGCGAACGUGUUGUGUCGCUCUCGUCAUGUCAAUGAUGUGAUGUCCGUGUGGAAGCAAAGAGCUCGUCAAAGUCCGGAGCGCGCUUCACAGCAUCAGUCAAAUUCGCGGUGAAAGGACGAAGGACAAAAGCAUCCGCUAACAGUACGGCGCCAAACAGUGGCUAGUGUAGAGGUGUGUUGUGGUAGAAGAACAAGAAGAACUACAACAUCUGCACCAGUACAGAACAACACAGUCCACAGUGAUUCCAGUGAGUUAACAGAGUCUAGCACAUAGUGACAUCUUUUGCCAGGAAUUGGCAGCUAGAACCUUCUCCGCUGGCCACCGGCCCGAAGAGAGACGCUACUGUAGUGUAUCGCGUGAACGCCGAACGGCUCAAUCCAAGAAAAGAUACCAAGAGCAAAAUGUGUGUCGUCGUGUUACGUGCACUGCUAGUGUUCCAUCGAAUACGCGAGUGUUCGCGACCCGGUCGCAUUUAGUAAUCAACAUCCUUCACUCACUUUGCCUGCCUGUAUGCAAACAGCAGCACCUGUGCUCGCCAGCCAGCAAGCAAGGAAAACAUGAAAUCUUAACCGCAGUGAUUGAAUAAAUCCGUUCACCCAAAACCAGUCGUCACAAAGUGUCGCAAUUGUUGUGCUGUUGAUCGAAGUGAAAGUAUACCUCCAGAGUUCGAAACUCGAAGAGCAUAACGCAGAAAAUAAAGUAAUCGCAACCAAGAAGAUAACAGAAAAUGUGCUGAACCCCCACAUACGAACGAAGACCAGUUAAACUCCCCCCGAACCCCGAUCAUCAGUUACAAUUUUCCUGGAGUAGCCGGUCAGAAGAAAACGUUUCAAAAAUUGAGAACCAAAAUCUCCCAUCAAUGAUGCUCCACGAGGCAGUUAUGUUGGAAAUCUACCGUCAGGCACUUCACGCUAGUGAAAUGGCCAGCCCUAGAUGCCAAUCGAGGGAGUCAUCCGGCGGUGGACGUUGUCCCUCGGACGAGUCGAUUCGCUCCGAGGGCGACCGGGACGGGCAGAACUCGGGUGCCAACGUGAGCCCGGUUUCGAUUACGCUCCCACCCACCCUCGCGCCAGCAGCCGCCGCCGCCCUCCUGCCUCAGCAUUCGGCCGCCAUGGCUGCCUACCUCAACGUGGCGGCCGUAGCGGCCCAGCAGAACCGACUGCUGCUAGGAUCCCCGCUGGCCGGACUAGCAGCAGCCCGCAAUGGCUCACCGCCGAUUCUACCUCCGCUGGCGUCCCCGACCGACGAGAGCGACGAUGCCGUGUUGGACUUUAGCAAAAAGCGAUCCGACAGCGGUACGGCCGACGAGGACGCCAACAGCGACUGCGACGAGGGAGACGCUGUGAACCUGAGCGGGAAAUCCGGUGAAAACAGCCCGCUGGACCUGUCGGUUAGCACACGGAAACGGUCCGGUGAUGACUCCGAAUCGCCUCCACCAAGGAAAGCUCCACGCUCCCUAGAAUACAAACCACCGAUAGUGAGUCCUUGGAGCUCUCCAGUUGGGCCACAGCUACCGUACUUUGCAGCGGCUGUAGCUGCUGCCAGUAUGUCUCCCAAGAAUAAUCACUCAGACUGGAACGGCAAACAUAAAGGUGUCGCCAAUGAAGCCGCAAAAGCCUUAGAAAAAAUGACAGAAAUGAGUCGCUUGGGAGGAGACGAAAUUUACCGGCCAUCGAAUAAUAACUCCGGUGGUGGCGGAGCUUCCGCUGGAGGUGGUCGCCAUAGUGCUUGGCAGUCCCAUUGGCUCAACAAAGGCGCUGAUUCCGCAAAGGACGUCCUGAAGUGCGUUUGGUGCAAGCAGAGUUUUCCUUCGUUAGCCGCCUUGACUACGCACAUGAAGGAAACCAAACACUGCGGAGUAAACGUUCCUCCCGGCACUGGAAUGCCUCAGCAACCGAUCCAGCAACAACCACCGAAUUCGUCCGCUCCCAAUUCCAGCAGUAGUGCUUCCAACAAACCAACACCCAGUGAACUUAAUCUCUUAAUUAAGGAAACGAUGCCUCUUCCGCGGAAAUUGGUCCGAGGUCAAGAUGUGUGGCUUGGAAAAGGGGCUGAGCAAACCCGACAAAUCUUGAAGUGUAUGUGGUGUGGUCAAAGCUUCCGCACUUUGGCUGAAAUGACUACACACAUGCAGCAGACGCAACAUUACACCAACAUAAUCUCGCAAGAACAAAUCAUAUCUUGGAAAUCAACGGAUGACAAGCCCGGAGGUCCACCUGGUCCCAGCGGCGGUGGAAACACUCCAGUACCUCCGGGAGCUCCCAAUGCUCCACCGGCGCAAGCAAACAGCCACGUCAGCGCAGUCCUAACCUGUAAGGUUUGCGAUCAAGCAUUCUCGUCGCUUAAAGAACUCAGCAAUCACAUGGUCAAGAAUGCUCACUACAAAGAGCACAUCAUGCGUUCCAUCACGGAAACUGGAGGCCGACGCAGGCAAACACGAGAGAAGCGGAAGAAGUCCCUACCUGUACGCAAACUGCUGGAAAUGGAACGCGCCCAGCACGACUUCAAAAACGGUGAAAAUCCAACGUUAAAUCCCGCUGCCAAUAAACCUAUACGAGACAUGGGAGCCGGUAAGAUCACCUGUGAAAAGUGCAAUGAGAAGAUCGAAACCACCAUGUUUGUGGAUCAUAUCAGACAAUGCAUUGGUGGAACGGCCAUCCUCCAAGCUCAGCAGCAGCGAGAAAAGCUCAAGAAUGCCCUCCUCUCGAAUACGAUUAUCCCUCCGGACUCGAUCAGCCCAGUGACACCCACCAGUCGGGAUGGUAGAAAAUCAGUAGGAGAUGAUUUAUCCUCACCACUUUCGCUGCAAAAGUCACCUAUGCCAGCGGAUUUGUCUUCCCCGGCGUCAACCAAGAAAGACGGAGAGAAGAGCUCUUCUCCAUCAGUACUGAACGCAAUAGAACAGCUAAUUGAAAAAAGUUUCGACACCCGUUCGAGGCAUCCCAACACGAACUUCGGUAACAAUAGUCAAAGUACUACUCCUCUGGGAUCGAGCAUACUAAAAAGGUUGGGGAUCGAUGAAAGCGUUGACUACACUAAACCCUUAGUAGAUCCACAGACGAUGAACCUGCUCAGAACGUAUCACCAGCAGCAGUAUGUGGCGCAGUUUGGACGGAGGGAACGAAGCGGUAGCGAAUCUAGCUCCAUUUCGGAACGGGGCUCUAGCCGAGUCGAUUCAUUAACACCGGAUAAGAAAUUUGACACAACCGGUCACUCGACGCCCAGAGGAACGCCCGAAAAGCAGUUCAUGGAUGAUCAUAACAACAGCGACGGGCAAGGAUCGAUCAACAUCAAGCGGGAAAUGCAAAGUGACGACGAAGACGAAGUGGAUAAACAUGAACCACCGAAAAUCAAAAUCAAAAAAGAACUCGAAGAAGAUGACGAGGAGGGACCGAUGCGACCACCUAGCAAAUCCCAUGAAGACGUCUCGGAUAUGGAGAAAGAAAUGAAACGAAGAAGUAGUGUUGCGUCUAGUCCUGCACCAAGUCCACGUCUAUCGACGGCAAGUGUACCGUUGAGUCCGUCAGCUAGUCCAAUCAGUGAUCAUCAUUCCAUUGCAUCCAGAUCGACCCCGGGUGGAGCGGAUGGUGGUGGCGGUGCUGGUAAGAAGGCAUCAAGCGUAAGCGUGAGCAGUAGUUUGGGUGCAUUGUCAUCAAUGUUUGAUAGCCUGACAGGUGCGAACAGUUCCGGUAAUGUGGAGUCAGGUGGCUCGGGAAAAAAGUCCAGUGCUCACCCUUUGGCGGCUUUGCAGAAACUUUGUGAUAAAACUGAAACGACUCCGAAUUCGAGGGGAGGAGCAAGCAGUGCACUACUAUCGGCUACAACAAAUGCUCCAGGAAGCAGGACAGCUCCCGGAGCGAUUCUGGCGUUUAGCUGGGCUUGCAACGACGCUGUAGUGUCCGAUGAAUCGGUGAUCAAGUGUGCCUAUUGCGAUACGACGUUCACCUCAAAGGGAGCCUACAGGCAUCAUCUAUCGAAGGCACACUUUGUGAACGAUGACGUGAUUCCUGAUCCGAAAGGUUCAACGAUGAAGCCAGGUUCUCCGCUCUCACCCAAAUCAACCAGCAGUGGGGUGACAGGUGGUGGAGGUGGUCGUGACAGUGUAAAUCGUUCCGAUGGUGGAGGUACUCCAAUUCCACCGAGCAGCGGUUGUGGCAACAGUGGGGGUGGCAGCAACAGUGGAAACGGACAGGCAAAGAGUCCACCUCCAGCGCAGUCACCGGCGGCAUUUGACGAAAGUCCACACUCCAAGUUUCUCAAGUACACCGAACUGGCCAAGCAAUUGUCAUCCAAAUACGUCUGACAUUCCUAAGUUUGCAUACGCGCUCUUGGCAAAAUCCGGUAGGUUUGUUUCGUUUUCCUGUUGUGCUGUAUUUUUUAUGUAAAUAUAAUCCGCUGAAUUGUCGGAACGAUGAUGGACGGCCAGCGAGAUAGAGCGAGAGCAUGGUUUGUGUACGAAGAAGGUAAAGAAGCAACAAAGCGCAAAGAAAUUGUUCGUGUGCAAGCGAGAGGGGUAGAGCAGAAGAAAACGAGGCAGUAAAUAACGUAUUUAUGUGUGUAUCCAUUUCUGCUAUGGGUGCGUUCAAUAACCACUUGAAGGAAUGUAAACGACGAAGGAACGGAUCGAAAGAAGACGGAAAGAGCGUGUGGGAUGGUGUGUAGGGUCACCGGUCCGUGUGGCGGUGAUCAACAACAGAAGCGGUAAAGCCGACGGGAGCAGGUUUUUUCUUCUCUUUUAUGUGCGAUUCGAGGCGGCCUCUUUAGAAGUGUUGGUGAAUCUCUUUUUUCCGCUUCUUUUAAAUCACUCGCUUUAAUGAUUUUUAUAUACACAUCACCAGCUCUUGCCAGUUGAUGCGGUGAUGGCUGUAGUGUGUGAGAAGAAACUCCAACACAUGCAAGUGAAGCGAACGAGGGCACAUCAACUGCUACUGCACACAGAGCUCUCAGAGGAGGGAACACAAAGUAGAGCGAAGCACAACUCGUUACAGUGUGAGUUUGGCUCGAGAGUGCACUUUUGAUUUUUUUUUUCUGUUUGUGCUGUGCGAGAAGGAGGACGGAGAAGAAAUCAAUCAAGAAAAUAAAGCCAACGUCAGCGAAAUAGCUGCGCUGUGUGCCUGAGCUUGUGGUCCGUUGAUGAGAGGAAGAUGGAAAGGGUAAAAUACAGACAGAAAGCCAUCAGAAGGCCGUUUGCUGGUUGCAGAAAAAACAAAAUGGAGUUUGCAUGGGGCUUUUGAAAGAUGGAACAAACCUCGCGGGCUUCGAUUGCUUCUCGUUCAGCAUCGUUAGCAGCACAGUGACAAGUAUGUAACUGAACCGUCUCGUUUGCACUCGAACAACGCACGCACAUGUUGAUGGGAUCUUUUUCGCUCUAUUCGAUGUACAUCAUCACACAUAAAAGGCACGGAAGAUUUCAUAAACUCCAUUUCAUCAUGUGAUUACACAUAUCUUAUAAACAGCAAAUUGGAAGAGCAAAAAUUCAGAAUUUUUCGCUGAGGAAUUAAAACACACCUUCGUGGCAAAUAAUGUAAAACAUUUGGCAAGAAUCUUUUAAAAGAAACUACAACGCGAAAAAAACAAACCAUAAACCAUAUGUAAGGAAUGCCAUUUUAUUGGGUUAAUUUUCAUUUAGGAAAGGUCGUGAGUUUAAAUGUAAAAAGUAAUCCAGCUAUACGAGUCAUGAAAAUCAUACGAACAGACAACAUCUUUAGAAUCCCCUUUUAAGUAGUAAAAACAAACGAAAACAUUUAAAAAAAUCACGCUAUACGAUGAACGGAAACACAAAACUAAUGAGACCCAACUAGAGGGAUACAUUGCGAGUAAUUCUGCAUGAAGCAAAAUAUGUUAAAAUUAUUCAAUUUCAAUCGAAAAUUUGGUAUACGUAAUUUACACUGGAAUGCAAACAUAAGUAUUAUAUUAUCAAUUCUUACCCUAAUGGAAAAGAAAUAAACGAUAUGCUGUUGUUAUCAGCCACAGUAACAAAAUUAUACGAAAUUGAAACUUUUGGUAUACGGUGAGAAAAGAAGAAAUCCAACAGAGAAACGAUAUUCAGUUACGACCCUUUGAACGAAAGUAUUAUAAUAUACUCAUUGCGUGCCAAAAUUCUGUAAACUAUUGACGAAGAGGACGCCAGAGCAUCUUCUAUUCGAGCAGUAAAACAAGCUUCUUAAAUAUCAAAAGAUCUAAAAGCUUAAUUUUCCACAACAGAUAACAGACAAAAAAGCUUUGUUCAACAACGCCGCUGAUUGCUACACUAAGAGCAACCAACCAAUUUUCAUUGCUCCCAGAUUUGCAUUUAUUACGUGUUAAAAAUUUUGUUUUCUUUAAUAUUUUGUUUUCAUUAGUUCUAAGGCGCCAACUUUGUGAUUUCUGUAAAUAGUUGAUCGCUUCUACAUCUUGUACAGCGCAUAAGCCAACUGCGAACUGUCUUAGAUUUUAAUGAUUCUGUUGAAAGAAAAUGUUAUUGUGGAACUCACCAAUUAAACAUUUCGUUAAAUGCAAUGUAAAUAUUUAGAAGACGUACACGAAUAGAGAAGUUUUUUACUGUUCUAAUUAGAAAAAAAACUAAUGAGAAAUAACGUAAGAACUAUUGAAUGGACUCAUACAAACAGCUUACAAAUUCAUAAAAAAUAUUAUAGACAUCAAAUGAACUAAAACAGCGUAGGAUAAAAAGAAAAUAAAAGUAAAACAAUAAAGCAACACAAGCUCGUAUUUAUUAAAAAUAAUUAACUCCUAAUUGAUGGAAGGUGUUACAGAUCUGUAAACCUUACAAAGUAUUAUAAAAUACACAUGAAAUCUGAAACAAUGCGUUCAUGCCAACAAUACGAGUGAAGAGAAACAACGCCGUAUACGGAUACAAAAGAAAAUAUCCAACCACAACAGUAUACUCGUGCAACACACUGAAAUCAAAUCGAUGAUACGAAACUCUAGAAGAUAGUGCAUAAAAAAACAGUCAUCUUGGAUAAGUCGAACGGAACUACAAGUACUAAAAAGGUAUACGUAAUUAUAAAGGGAAAUGAAAGAAAACGAAUCAAUUCGGAACUUUGAAAUGUCAAAUUGAAAAAUUGUAAAUUUUGGACGAUAAAUUAAAAUAUUAGUAUUCGCAAUAAGCUCUAGCGUACUCCUAUCAAACUAUUAAAGAAAGCUGGAUGUAGAGAUCGAUUUACAUCACAUUAAAUCAAAUAAAUAAUAGCGAGAGUAAAAUGAUACCAGUGUAUUUUUAGUGAUAUCACAUUGUACACAGAGAAACACUGCGCCAAUGAAACUGUUAAUAAAACAAAUAAAUUAUUGAUCAAAAAUUG